GCCCCGUCAUCAAAAAAGAAGUCUUCUAGAUGGAUUAAGAUCGUAAAAUAUCAAGUUAUUGUUAAAUUAUAUCGUUCUCGGUAAUAAAAAUGAAGGCGAGCUGGUCUUAAUAGCGAAAUUAGACGAUGCGGUGAUAUAAAGAACAUGAAUUCUGAGAGUUUGUUCACGAGGGCUGUAAAGAUUGGAUCAUGUAUUUUGUUCAUGUACACGUUCUCAAUCAGUCUGACUUUCUAUAACAAAUGGAUUAUGAAGAGAUUUCAUUUUCCAUUGUUUCUCUCAAUGGUACAUUACAGUAUUGUGUUUCUGUUAACUGCAAUUACAAGACGAAUUUGGGAGAUUCGUUCUAACAAAAAACGGAUCCUCCUAGAAUGGUCUGUUUAUUUAAAGAGAGUGACCCCAACAGCAAUAGCAACAGCAUUAGAUAUUGGUUUUUCAAAUUGGAGUUUAAUGUUUAUUACUGUCUCAUUGUAUACAAUGUGCAAGACAACUGCAAUCAUAUUUAUUCUUAUCUUUUCUCUUAUCUUUGGAUUGGAAAAAUUUCAUUAUGUUUUAUUUCUUAUUGUGUUUUUGAUUGCUGGGGGACUUUUCAUGUUUACAUAUGAAUCAACACAGUUUAACUUCACUGGAUUUCUUCUUGUUAUGACAGCAAGUUCAAUGAGUGGCAUCAGAUGGGCAACUACACAGCUGUUACUUCAAAAAGAAAGCUUUGGAUUAACUAGCCCUUUUGAUACAAUAUAUCACUUGCAGCCAUUAAUGGCUUUGGCAACCCUUCCUUUAGCACUUGGAAUUGAAGGUCCAAAGUUGGCUGUUUCCGUGCAAGCAUUUCGGGCACCUUCAACAUAUAUUAUUGCAACGACAACAUCGUUUGUCUUAUUUGGAUCGUCUUUGGCAUUUAUGUUGACUGUGUCAGAGUACCUUCUGUUGGCUAGCACCUCCAGUAUAACGCUUGCGGUUGCUGGAAUAUUUAAGGAAUUAUGUACUAUAUUACUUGCAACAGAAUUUGCUGGUGAUGAAAUGAAUUUUAUGAAAUUCGGCGGAUUAGUCAUUUGUUUACUAGGAAUUAUUCUUCAUGUUUACUUUAAAUAUCAAGGAAAUAAAAGGGAAGAUAAAGGAAUAUCAGGAAAUAGUGAAGAUAAUGUUCCAAUGCUAGGUUCUAUCCAGAGUUUUGAUUCUGAUGAAGGAGAGUAAGUUAAAAGACCAUAGGAAAUAUGAAAAACCUACAAUAGACUGCUAUUUUUAUAAA